UUUAAUUAUAUCCAACUUGUCAAUUCAUUCUUUCAUGGAUCAUGCCUUUGGUGCUGUAUCUAAAAAGUCAUCAACUUAAGCCCAUCUUGGUUUUCUCCUGUGUUACCUUCUAGGAAUUUUAUAGUUUUGUGUUUUACAUUUAGGUCAGUGAUCUGUUUUGAGUUAGUCUUUGUGAAAGGUGCAUGGUCUGUGUCUACAUUCAUGUUUUUGCAUGUGCAGUUUGUUACAGCACCACUAUUGGAAAAGACUAUCUUUCCUCUAUUGUAUCACCUUUAUCCCUUCAUCAGGGACCAGUUAGUUGGUUCUGUUUUUCUUGGUCUAUCUCUGGACUGUCUGGUCUUUCCCACUGAUGUGUUUCUGUAUCUCUGCUGAUCUUUGCAGGUCUCGCACUGCCUUGGACUGUCUGGUCUUUCCCACUGAUGUGUUUCUGUAUCUCUGCUGAUCUUUGCAGGUCUCGCACUGCCUUUGGACUGUCUAGUCUUUCCCACUGAUGUGUUUCUGUAUCUCUGCUGAUCUUUGCCGGUCUCGCACUGCCUUGGACUGUCUGGUCUUUCCCACUGAUGUGUUUCUGUAUCUCUGCUGACCUUUGCCUAUCCCACACUGUCUUGGUUGUUGCGACUUCCAGUCUUGAAGUCUCUGGUGUCAGUCCUCCAAUCUUGUUCUUGUCCUCAGUGUUGUGUUGGCUAGUCUGUAUCGUUCGCCUUUCUGCAUAAACUUUAGAGUUAGUUUCUUAAUAUCCAGAGAAGAACUUGCUGAGAAUUUGACUGGGUUUGCAUUAACUGUAUAGAUCAGGUUGGCAAGAAUUCACCUCUAGACAAUUUUUUGAGUUUUCUGAUACAUGAAUAUGUACUUAGUUCUUUGAUUUCAUUCAUCAAAAUUUUGUAGUUUUCCUCAUAUAGAUCUUGUAUACAUUUUGUUAGGUUUAUACCAAGUCUUUUUAUUUUGGAUGGUGCCAAUGUGAUGGUGUAUUUUGAAUUUCAUAUUUAACUUGUUUAUUGCUGAUUUAGGAAAGCAAUUGACUUUUGUAUAUUAAUAUUAUAUUCUGCAACAUUGUUGUAAUCAUUUAUUAGUUCUAACAGCUUUUUGUCAUUUGUUUUGAAUUUCUGCAUGGAUUAUCAAGUUGUCUGUAAACAAAGACAGUUUUAUUUUUUUCCUUCCCAAUCUGCAUAUGUUUUAUUUCCCUUUCUUGUCUUAUUGUAUUAGCUAGGAUGUCCAGUGUGAUCUUAAAAAGCAAUGGUGUGCAAAAAAAAAAAAAAAGCAAUGGUGUGAGGAGACAUCCUUGCCUCAUAACUGGUCUUAGUGGUGAUGCUCAAGGUUUUCACCGUUAAGCAUGAUGUUUGCUGUAGACUUUUCAUAUGUUCAUUAACAGUUGUAGAACUUCCCCCCUGUUCCUAAUGUACAUGAGUGGUGUUAGGUUUUGUCAAAUGCGUUUUCUGCGUGUGUUUAUGUGAGCUUAUGGCUCUUCUUCUCUAGCCUAUUGUGAUGGAUUGCAUGAAAUGAUUUUCAAGUGCUGAGCUCGUCUUGCAUACCUGGAAUACGUCCCCCUUGGUCACUGUGUAUAGUUCUCCCUAUUCACUGUGGACGCGGGUCACUGGUGUCUCUGGAGGAAUGUCGGUCUGUGUUCAUGAGACACUGGUUUGUGUCUUCUUGUAAUGGCUUGUCUGCUCUGGUGUUAAGGUAAUGCUGGCCUCAUAGGAUGUGUUAGGGAAUAUUUCCUCUGCUCCUGUCUUCUGAAAGAGAUUGUAUAGAAUAGGUGUAGGUUUUUUUUUUUUCCUUUAUUAAAUGUUUGGUAAAACUCACCAGUGAACCCAUCUGAGCCUGGUGCUCUCUGUUUUGGAAGGUUAUUAGUUACUGAUUCAGUUUCUUUAAUAGGUAUCGAGUCUGUUUAGAUAGUCUGUUUCUUUGUGUGUUUUUUGGUAGAUUGUGUCAUUUGAGGAUAGACCAAUAGAUUGGUCUAUUUCAUCUAGGUGAGCAUAGGGUUAUUCUUAGUAUUCCCUGAUUAUCCUUUUAAUGUCCAUGAGAUUUGUAGUGAUGUACCCUCACUCACUUCUGAUGUUGGUAAUUCUUAACUAUGCCAAUUCUUUCAUCUUCUUUCUUUACCUCUAUCUCAUGGCAGUUAAGAAAAAGGAAACAAAAAUGUACAAAGAAGGUAGAUUCUUAAAUUCAGAUUUCCUUUUAGCAAUCCACAGUCAUUUCCUGAUUAAUAUUUUAGUAAACAAAAACUACAUGGUGGUGAUGGAGGUUAUAGGAUAAUAACCCUUAACAUAUAUGAGAGCUUUGAGACCAUCUCUGGGGGAGAUUUUAGACCAAAUAAGACAAAGACAAACCCCUUUGCUUUACAGAAGUUAAUUAAAAUACUAUGGAGCAUACGAUGCAGCAUUAGAGAGUCUCUCUUCUAAUGAUUACUUAAUUAGGUUAGAUAUCUUAGCUAGUAUAUGGCCUUUCAAGGAUGUGAUUGACAUUUAGAAUUGGUUUGGUUAGAAGUAACAGGAUGGCGACUGUGUUGCCAGCGUUUUCUUUGGCAGGUGCCAGGGCUGGUGGGAGCAGCCGCCUGAGGAAAGCACCAUGAUUUCGGCUGCGCAAUUGUUGGAUGAGUUAAUGGGCAGGGACCGAAACCUCGCCCCAGAUGAGAAGCGCAGCAAAGUGCGGUGGGACCACGAGAGCGUUUGUAAAUAUUACCUCUGUGGUUUUUGUCCUGCGGAAUUGUUCACAAACACGCAUUCUGAUCUUGGACCAUGUGAAAAAAUUCAUGAUGAAAAUCUACAAAAACAGUAUGAGAAGAGUUCUCAUUUUAUGAAAGUUGGCUAUGAGAGAGAUUUUUUGCGAUACUUACAGAGUUUACUGGCAGAAGUAGAACGUAAAAUUAGACGAGGCCAUGCUCGUUUGGCAUUGUCUCAAAACCAGCAGUCGUCUGGGGCAGCUGGUCCAACAGGCAAAAAUGAAGAAAAAAUUCAGGUUCUAACAGAUAAAAUUGAUGUACUCCUGCAUCAGAUUGAAGAAUUAGAAUCUGAAGGAAAAGUAGAAGCCCAGGGAAUGAUGAAAUUAGUUGAACAGUUAAAAGAAGAGAGAGGGUUGCUUAGGUCCACAACUUCGACAGUUGAAAGUUUUGCUGCCCAAGAAAAGCAAAUGGAAGUUUGUGAAGUGUAUGGAGCCUUUUUGAUAGUGGGAGGUGCCCAGUCCCGGGUAGAUGAUCAUUUGAUGGGAAAACAGCACAUGGGCUAUGCCAAAAUUAAAGCUACUGUAGAAGAAUUAGUGAAGUCCAGUAGUCGAGAAAAGCAGAGUGAAGACACAAACACUGACUCAAAGGAAAGUGAUACUAAGAAUGAGGUCAAUGGGACCAGUGAAGACAUUAAAUCUGAAGGUGACACUCAGUCCAGUUAA